CAUGCGCAUUCGGAGUAAACAGGAAGAACGCACUGGAAUCGGAACGAAUCUUAGACAAGAGAAUGGUCAAACGUAAACAAACGGCAUUCUUCUUGUUUUUACUUUGAUAAACGGAUAAACUACGAGUCGUGUUAAUGGUCUGCACCGAGGUAUGAGUUCGUAAGUGCUAUUUUUGACCGACUGGUUAAUUUAAUCGAUGCAGGCCGUGACGCGGUUUGUUCAUUUCGUGCUAUCAUACUCUUGAAAGCCUUCCACCUGUCUGAAAUUAGUCCCGUGAAUCCGGAAUCUUUGAAAAUGGUCCAAAAAGACAAGAUAUUAGAGACGCCCCAAGUGGACGUAGAACCGAGCCCCAGCCCCGUCUCAACAGAGGCUUGUGUCGAGGCCCCAGCUUCGGUCAACCAUCCAAACCUUGGAAUCGAAUCAUCUGGACACAGAAAAUUCAUCAGUGGUGUUGUGGAAGGCUUUUAUGGGCGACCAUGGACAAUGGAGCAGAGGAAGGAAUUGUUCAGGAGGCAACAGAAAUGGGGCCUCAAUACCUAUCUUUAUGCACCUAAAGAUGACUACAAACACAGAAUGUUUUGGAGAGAAUUGUACUCUGUAGAAGAAGCUGAGCAACUGAUGACUCUCAUAGGUGCUGCUAAAGAUCACGGAAUAGAGUUCAUCUAUGCUAUAUCUCCUGGACUGGAUAUCACCUUCUCCAACCAGAAAGAGAUUAUCGCACUUAAGAGAAAACUUGACCAGGUUUCACAUUUUGGUUGCAAAUCAUUUGCCUUACUUUUUGAUGACAUUGACCACAACAUGUGCCCUGCUGAUAAAGAGGUGUUCAGCUCUUUUGCACACGCUCAGGUUUCUAUCACCAAUGAGAUCUUCCAGUACCUGGGCGAGCCUGAAACCUUCCUUUUCUGUCCCACAGAGUACUGUGGUACGUUCUGCUACCCGAAUGUGUCUCAGUCCCCCUAUCUCCACACAGUGGGAGAGAAGUUGUUACCUGGUAUUGACAUACUGUGGACAGGUCCCAAGGUCGUGUCCAAAGAUAUCACAGUGGAGUCCAUUGAAGAGGUGUCUAAAAUCCUCAGACGACCCCCUGUCAUCUGGGACAACAUUCAUGCCAAUGAUUAUGACCAGAAGAGACUCUUUUUGGGGCCCUACAAGGGACGAUCCACAGAGCUCAUCCCAAGACUGAAGGGGGUCUUAACAAACCCCAAUUGUGAAUUUGAGUCCAAUUUUGUAGCCAUUCACACUCUUGCCACCUGGUACAAAUCUAAUAUGAACGGUGUGCGGAAGGAUGUCGUCAUGACGGAUGGCGAGGACACCGCGGUGUCCAUCCAGAUUAAGCUGGAAAACGAGGGCAGUGAUGAAGAAUUAGAGACUGACAUGCUCUACAGCCCACAGCUUGCCCUUAAACUGGCUCUUACAGAAUGGCUAGGGGAGUUUGGCGUGCCACAUCAGUACAACAGCCGCCAGGUGCCUCAGAGUGGUGCCAAAAGCACAGCCAUAGAUGUGGUAUCCAUGGCUCCUCCUUCCCUGUGCUCCUCCACCACUGUUACAACUGUGUUCCAGCAGCCCAUCAUGUCUCCAGCAAUGCCGCCUUUGUGUCUGGAUUCAAAUCCUCAUCUAAUGGCAAAGACACCCCAGGAAGAAGAAGAGGUGGAAGUCGAGAAGAAGGAUUACGACGAGGAGCCGAUGGAGAUGGUGGUUGAAAAGCAGGAGGGGCCGGAAUCAGAAGUUGAAUCAGAUGACAAACAGGACGGUCCAGUUCUUGUUGACAAGAUGUCGGAGGACCUGAAGCCCAUGGAUACAGAUAAGGAGAGCUUGGUGGAUUCUAAAUCUCCUGAAGACUCUCUCCAGGAGGAUGGGAGUGACAUUGCCCCAAUGCAGACAGAUGAUCAGCUUAAACAGGACAUGUUUGUUCCUGGUCCAAAUGAGAAGCCCCUUUUCACUGUGGAGCCCCUAUCUAUUGAGGAUCUGAGCUUGCUGGCAGAACUCUUCUACCUUCCGUACGAGCAUGGACCAAAGGCUGUACAGAUGUUGAAGGAGUUUAACUGGCUACGAUCCAAUAGCAGCGUUGUGAGUGUCAACUGCAAGCGAAAGGAAACUGAGAAGGUGGCAGAAUGGCAGUCCAGAGCGGAGAAGUUCGAGGACAUGUGCUGCUCUGUCAUCCAGAUGUUCACACGUCUGUCAAAUACAGCCAACCGCAUGAUCCUGUAUGACCUCUACCCAUACAUCUGGGAUAUCAAGAGCAUCAUUUCUAUGGUCAAGUCGUUUGUCCAGUGGCUAGAUGGAAGAAUCCACAGUACAAGUUUCUACUGCUAUUGGAUCGACAGUGACCGAUGGUGUCGUAGUCAGUCAUCAGCACAAUUCCUUAAAGGAGACCAAGAGCCCUGGGCCUUUAGGGGAGGUCUAGCAGGAGAGUUCCAGAGGUUGUUGCCAAUAGAUGGGGCAAACGAUCUUUUCUACCAACCUCCACCGUCAAUGCCAACCUCCAAAAUAUAUUCAAUAAGGCCGUAUUUCCCCAAAGAUGAGGCCUCAGUUUACAAAAUUUGUAAAGAAAUGUACUGUGAAGGAAUGGAGGACGCUCCGUUCUCUGAUGAAGAGCCGGAUCUCAUCGGAGACAGGUUGGUGGGAGGUCUUCUAUCUCUGAGUCCAGACUACGGCUUUGUGCUGGAGGACGACGAGGGGAUCUGUGGUUACGCUCUGGGCACUGUGGACGUGAAGCCCUUCAUCAAGAAAUGCAAGAUGAGCUGGAUUCCCUUCAUGCAGGAGAAGUACCACAAGCCUGAUGACCAAAAAGACCUCACCGAAGCUGAGAAGAUGAUUCUGAGCUUCCACGAAGAAGAGGAGGGUCUUCCAGAAUCAUUCCUCUCCAACUUUCCAUCUCUAAUCAAAGUAGAUAUUCACGCCAACGUCACAGACCCCAGCGUGGCCAAAAGCAUGAUGGGCUGUCUGCUCUCUUCUCUGAAGGCGAAUGGCUCUCACGGGGCUUUCUGCAAAGUUCGUCAGACUGAUAAGAGAAUGCUGGACUUCUAUAGCAAGCUGGGCUGUUUCGAGGUGGCCAAAAUGGAGGGCUUUCCCAAAGACAUCAUUAUUAUGGGACGGAGCUUAUGAGGAACCCUCCUGCCACGGACAAAGCGAGAGCCAACUGGUUACUUCUGCGCCUGCCCAGGGAAACCAUUUCACCGUUCGUGUUCUGAAGCACACCCAUCACACAUGUUUGUUCCCAGCUCUCUCCACAGAUGUGAGGGCUCAGGAGGGGGCAGCUGUUGGAAGGCCGGGGGUGGGGGGUAGAUGUCAGAGAUAUUCUGGCUCGGGUUUGUUUAGUUCCCACGUACCUCCAAGAGCCAGAGAUGGCGACUCCAUAAGCUUUCAUUUCCCAUUUUAAUGCUGCAGCCAGUGGAUAUGGGGAAGGUCUGUAUCCAAAAUGGCUGCACAGCUGACAGGAGAUAGGAGUGCACCAGUGUUCCUGCUCAUGCUUGGGUAAUCUCAGUUGUUGCCAUAAGUGGAAUGCCAUCAUUCAGGCUGACAAGUGCUCUGUGAGAUUUUGCCUUUCAUUUCUCUCGGGAUGCUCCACUAAAUGAGAUUUCAUGCAAGAACCGAAAAAGGUCUCAAAUUGGAGGUCUUCAUUACGCUCACGAGGGGUCAGAUACACGCGAUGGUCAUAGGGUCACCUCACACGUUUUCCUCAUGCCUUUCUUUCCCAAGUACCUGCCAACUGAUCUUGGUAUAAAGUCGUAUUUUAGAAAGUGUGAAUACAUUUUCAGUGUCAAAAUUCUGGUAAGUUAUUUCAAGAAGUGAAGGGAAAUCAUUGGACCAAAUUUUCACUGGCACAAAUCCAUUUUGAAUUAAUUCACUCAUUGGAAAUGACUCGCAUUAGUAGCGAACGUGUAUGAUCACAGCCACAGAUGUUUUUGUUUACAAGCACACAUUCUCCUGCGUGACUCCACCUAGCACACUUUUCAAUGAAUGUCUUCUGAACUGAGCCUUUGCGACCGCGCUUGACGACCACACAGAUGGUCUGAUCCAAACGUCACCCAAGUGGCACGGAUCUCCACGCAGCAUAUACCAGCUGCGGGGGUCCGGAGGAGAUACUCCUCUGCUUUUUAUUCUUUAUUCUUUGAAUGUUUUAUAUUUCUUUCUGUUCAUUGUAAUUCUAUCCAGUCAACAGCAAAGCACUUUGACUCAUUAACUGCGUGUUCGCGGAGUGUCUUCAGAAAAACCUUGUUUUCUGCGACGCAGAGGAAGAAGCAUGAGUGAUCUCUGCGAGCACCGUACUGUAGUUCUGUGACAGCUGGUAAGAGCUGUCUGUUUAUUGAGUGUUAUUGUUUUGUAUAUUGACUGAAGUUCUGCCUUUUUAUUUUAUUUUGUUUUUGAUAGAAGGAAAGGAAGAGCCUGGAUUUGUCACGGCACUUCCUGUUGAAGAGAACCCAGAGCAAGGGCUUCUACUGUACAUUUUGAUUUUUCUGUAUUUAGGGUUGGGUGGGGUUGAAAAGUUUACAAUGCGAAGUUUAUACUUAACAUGAAUAACUUUAAAGCUAAUAAACAAC